UUGAGCACCUGAACGCAGCACGGGAGCAUCAGCGCUGUGUAGAAAAGGAAAAGAGGAGGAGGUGGAAGCAGAUCGAGAAGAGGCAUGAAUACUAUCCCCGGGAUCUAAGCUGACAGGAUAGGCAGAGCAUCUUGUCUGCCCUCGCUCCUUAGGGGCCGACUGGAAGCGGAGGGAGGCCAGAAUGGAGGAGAAGAAGCAGUUCCUUUGUGGGGUGGUGGAAGGUUUUUAUGGGAGGCCUUGGUCUAUGGAUCAGAGGAAAGUACUCUUCCAGUGGAUGCAGCACUGGGGGUUGAACACCUACCUGUACGGUCCGAAAGAUGACCUGAAACAUAGACUGCUGUGGAGAGAAGUCUAUUCUCCUGAAGAGGAGGGUCAGCUGCGUACUCUCAUUGUAGAGGCCCAGUCGAGAGGCCUCAGGUUUGUUUACGCGCUGUCUCCAGGUCAGGACAUAGUCUUCUCCUCUUCCUGUGACUUGACUCUACUUAAACGCAAGCUAAGACAGGUAUCAGACCUGGGUUGCCAGGCAUUUGCCAUUCUGUUCGAUGACAUUGAUCACUCCAUGUGUCAAGCCGACAGCGAGGCCUUCACUUCAUUUGCCCACGCUCAGGUCACAGUAACCAAUGAGAUUUAUCGGUUCCUGGGGGAACCGCCUGUCUUCCUGUUCUGCCCUACAGAGUACUGUGGUUCUCUCUGUUCUCCCAGUGUAUCCAAGUCUCCCUACCUGCAAACUGUGGGAGAGGACCUGCUGCCUAACAUAACAGUAAUAUGGACAGGCAGUAAGGUCAUUUCCAGGAAACUCUCACUGGAAUCCCUGGCUGAGGUGGAGUCAGUCCUCCAACGCCCCCCACUUAUCUGGGACAAUCUGCACGCAAAUGACUAUGACUCCAGACGCCUGUUUUUGGGGCCCUUUAAGGGUCGAGAGCCUCAGCUUAAGAACCAUCUCAGGGGCCUGCUGCUUAACCCCAACUGUGAGUUUGAAGCCAACUACAUCCCGCUGCACACGCUGGGAAGCUGGCACAGAGCUGGGAAAGAGGAUACGAAAGAUGAGGAGUGUGAGUACUGUCCUGAUAGAGCUCUGUCUGCUGCACUGAAAGACUGGAUGGAAGAACUCAACCAACCUUUACAAGCUGGCCGGCAGAACACAAGGACAGACCAGCGUGCCUCUGUCCCAACAUCUCACUGUAAAACUCCUGACAGAUCUGACUGUCCUUCCACCUUCAGAGGAACCUCUACUGUGGCCAAACUCCCAGUCUUCCCCCUGAAUUCCAGCUCCCCUCCGUCCUCACCCACUAAAGUCAGUGGGGAGAGGGAAGGACGAGAGUGGGAAAAAAGGAAGUCAUACCAGUCUUGCCAACCGAUCCAGCAACCUCCAGGAACUAAGCCUGGAGCACCUGCGGCUGGAGGUCGGGGACAGAAAGCCCAGGUUCGUGGGCUCUGCGGUGGGAAAGGUCUGCUAAGUGAGUCGCAGGUGCGGCUGCUGGUUGGUCUUCAUUAUCUCCCUCACGAGCACGGCCCAUCAGCCCAGAAGCUACUGCAGGAUCUGACCUGGCUGAAAACAAACUGCCAGCUGGUCAGUACUAACAGCAAGAAGGCAGCACCUCAAAAGGUUGAUGAAUGGCGUGGGCGGGCCUCCAGGUUUCUUUCUCUGUGUGAAGACAUAGCGCAGCUCCACUGCAGUGUCGUGAGUGGGAACAACAGGGCUGUGCUCUAUGACCUUUACCCUUAUGUGUGGGACUUGAGGAACACAGCUCUGGUGGCAAAGGCAUUUAUAUGCUGGCUUGAUGGACGAGUGUUGAGUGACAGCUCUGCCCUCGGCUCCUGGAGGAACUGCUUCCAAUGGUGUGGGAAGACCACGGGAGCGGACCAAUUGGGAGUAGAGUCUGAGCCAUGGGCGUUCAAAGGGGGCGUGUCAGGGGAGGUGCAGAUGCUUCUCCCAGUAGGGAGCAGCAGUGAACUUUUUACUCAUCCUCCUCCUCUCUUCCCUACCACUCGCCUCUACAACAUCAGGCCCUACCACAGCAAAGACAAGGUGGAGCUGUAUCGAAUGGUCCGCCAACUUCACCUGAGGACACAGGGUGGGCCAGAGUCUAGUGCUGCUCAUCCAGAUGUCAUAGGAGACAGAUGUCUUGGACCAUGCCUAGCUUUGUGCCCCGAGUACAGCUUCAUCUUGGAGGAUGAGCUGGGCGUUUGCGGCUGUGUGUUAGGCAUCUUGGAUGUUCGCUCCUUUGCCAAGCGGUGCCAGGCCAGCUGGAUACCCGCCAUGAGGGACAAAUACCCACCAAAAAUGAACGGCACACAUCCAAACACCCAGGACCUGAUACAGCUGAUGGAGGAGGAUCAGGGCGAGUACCCAGACUCGCUGCUCUACCACUUUCCCUCGCAGUUGCGACUGGACGCCCUGCCCGAGCUGGUGGACAUCAGCAUCAGCCGCACCCUGCUCACCGCCCUCCUCACUGCGCUAAAGGCCAAUGGUUCUCAGGGUGUGUUCUGUGAGGUGCAGCCAACAGACCGUCAGAGGCUGGAGUUCUUGACUAAACUGGGCUUCCUGGAGAUCCUCAGGGGAGAAGCCAGAAGCAGGGAGGGGGUGGUGCUGGGACGGCUGCUGUGAACAUAGAACACACAAAACACUCACAUGAUCUCACACACACAGGCACACAAACACACACACACCACGACAAACAACAAAGACAUUUGCACUGAUGUGGUAGAUACACAAAGGCACUUAUGCACAGAGAGGUGUUAGAAAUGCAGUGUGCACGGCACAGACAUAAACAACUGUGCUUUGCCAAGAAGUGAGGUCCAUAUUUUUCUCCAUCAAGAGAAGAAACCUUAUUUUGAGUGACAAUUCUGGAUUCCUUUGAGUCUGUGUGGCAGUAAUGGGGAUCAACCCAGAGCUUUUGGAGGGAUUUACAAAAUAUAAAAUAAGCUUAGAGUUUAAAUCUUUAGCAGGGCUGUGCUAAUCUGUCUCAGAUUCCAUCCACGACUGAGGAUUAGAAGAUUUCUCAAAGAAAGUGAGCAACAGAAGAGUUUGAGAUUGUAGCGGAGUGCUUGAUCCAAGCAGCUCUGUGGGCCGUAGGUCUUUUCAUCAUACAUGUAUGCAUCUUUUUUUAAAGCUGGAAUAAUCAGUGUUAUUGAGUUUUUUAGUACUUUUUCUUAUUUGCUUAUUUUUGCGGAGUUUUAAGCUGACAACACUACUAGUUUCAUUUAUUUGCACCGCUUUCAUCAGGUUAAUUUUCUGAAAUUGCAGCCAUGCAUUGUUGACAAAAAAAGAAACCUCUUUGUACUCUACCUGCUCUCUGUCCAAAGACUAAUGCAUCCAAUUAUUUCUUAAAUAUAGCCAUAGUAAUGUUUUGGGAGUCUUGGGCUUAGGAGUGCUGAUUUCAUUGCCAGACUCUUCUACACAUGUAAUUAGCUACAGAGGAUCCUAUUUAAGCUUCUAUAGCUUGCCCAGAGUUGCUGUGCAUACAAAACACUUUGCACACUACCUCCACCCUAGCUCCUCCUUUCAGCUUGUGUCUGGCAUAAUUAGUACCAUAUCUGUGGUCUUGGUGAUGCUUUUCCUGCCUUAAAUUUUCCAUGCGUACACCCGAAAAAGGCAAGAAAGUCCCAGAAACAAGCCAUGCUGCCCAACAGAAGUUACUGCAGAUGGAAAUAACUGUGUUCUUUUGUAUAAAGUGGUCCCGACUGAGGUGAUAUUUAAUGUAAUGACCGAGCUUGGUGCUGGUAGGCAGAUGUUGUCAGCUUUGGACUGAGGUAGACGUGCCUGUCUCCCUGCUUCCAGCGUGCUAAACUAGCCGUAGCUUCAUAUUAACCACUCACGGAGCGUGUUGUCAAUCUUCAAACUACUUCUAAGUCAAGAUGAAAUAAUCCUUUACAAAACCUGCCCAGGGAAAAGCUUCUGUGGCUAACCUAGCGUCCUCCUCUCUUCGCUUUGUUUAUAAAUGGUCGUUUUCUUUUUCCUGUUUAAAUUUAGGAUGUUUUCCAGUGCCUGUCCUGCUGGUUCAAAAAGUAUGCUAACAUCAAAUCAGAACUAGGCUGGCAUCACUGUUUACACUCGCUUAGAUUAGAUGAAUGUUUACGUGCAUGAAGAACAAAAAACUGUGUGGCUGUUCAGAGAAUAGGGACACAAACAAAUACCAUUGUACUGGCAUGCUUGAACAUACAUGAUUUUUUGUGGACAGCCAUUGUAGCUGUUAUGACGUAGGAACAAAACAAGAAAAUGCAAACGCAUGCGUGCUAAAAUUCAUUAGAAACACAGUAACACACACUCAGACACAUACACAAUCUAAAGUUUACACAUAUUUGAGUUAGAUAUAACUGAUACCGCUCCCUCAUUUGACAAAAUUUAUACAGCUGUCAGAUCUUACAGACAUUGUCAGUGCGUAAAAACUGCUACACACUGGCCUAGGUGGUGGUACGCGUGUGUAUUUUGUAUGAGAUGUAUGCAUGUGUGAGUGAGUGCCAAAAAAAUACAAACCAAGACAACUUUGUGGUUCUGCCUCUAUUCUAAACAGCAGUGAACACAGGUCUGUCUCAUCAUUACAUAGAUGUUGUUUCUACAACUUUCUAUGACUAUUAGUAAAAUACAAUUAUUGCUUUUCCCGGACUGUUACUGCAACUGGCCAAUCAUGUUGUUGUGAUGUCAUAGCUUAAAGAUUUAUGAAAAAGCAGUUAGGAAGUCAGACAAAAGCGCAGAGAGCCAGAAAAAGGAGAAAGAUAAAGGGCACGUUAUGGUGCUUCACUGUGUUAACCACAGGACUUUCACCCAGGACUCUGGGGUUUAUGUUGCACAUGAAACCAAAAGCCAUUGAUAAAUCAUCAUCGUUUGACUAAGCGGCCCACCCUCUUCAUUUUUUAAAGUUAAGUUAGAAUUAUGCAAUUAAACAGUUUGAGAAAAUGUUGGAGUUAUCAAAACAUUAACCAGAUGUUGGAAAGCCUUUCAAGAAGCCCUGAAGGUGUCACUUCAUGACACCACAAGAUUGUGAUUGGUCAGCAGUGGUGGGCCUGAAGCAUCGUCAUGUUUAAUGUUCCAAGUACAGUUGGUGAUUUCCAGCUGUGCGAUUAACACACACCCACACACACUUGCGCCCGUGUGCACAUACAAACACAAACACACACACUCAUUCUAAAAAAGCACAAUGACACUCACAAUCAAAUCUUCAACUUAAAGUAUGUAGAACUAUGAAUGUUCUUUUUUUGUAAUGCAGCUUAAGAAGACGCAACUACUGUUUGUGCAGGUAUUUAUAUUUCUACUUUUUUUAACUAUUAUGCUCGAUCAAUCACAGACUGAAAGGCACUUUUGUAAGUUUCUUCUUCUUACCAGCUUCAUCAGCAUUGUCUGUUAAGUACUUCAUGUAGUCCCAGAUCUGAUAAUUGUGUAGAAGAGUAAAAAAAAAGGCAGCAAAAUAUGCAUGAUGUAGAGGAAAUCUUUAGAGAAGAUGUCACAUUGUUUGUUGCAGAACGCUGUUGUUUCACCUUUAUGGAAAUUCAGUGUUAUUAUUAUUUUUUUCUAAUAUACUGUAAAAGUGCGUGUGUGAAUGUAGGCGUGCGUGUUUGGGGUGAUGAUGGGAAAUAUAUGUACGUGAACAAUCUACACAGGCAACAUGGAGCACUGUGAAAAAAGAAAGCGUAGUGAACCACAAUGUUUUUGAUUUGGGAGAAUUUUUAACAAGUGUCAUAAGAAUAAUAGUAAUAAUAAUAAUGAUAAAAGUAAUAAUAAAAAAAGCA